CUCUGCCUUUAUCCUCCCACCUCUCUCCGCUGGCCUCCUAUCACCCUUCUCCGCCGAUCUCCGUCGUUGACUCCCGUCCGUCGAUCACAGCCCUCCACGGUCUGGACGCGUCCAAGUUAUUGAUCCGUUAUCCAUAUUCAAUCUGGUUUCAACAUUGAAGCCCUGAUUGGGAGGGAAAUCUGGAGUGGGGAGGGGGCCAAAGUUUAGGUCAAAUAAGGGUUUGAGGACUAUUCGGAUAGGUUAGAAAGAAUCUAGUAGUUGAGCCGAGAGGAAGCUACUAUAUUUGCUCCUGCCUUAGCCUUGUAAUGCAGGUAGCUUCAGAUUCCGUCUAUGCUGUGUCCAAGUAAUUGCAGAAAAGUUUUUGCCUUUUUAUAUUCCUUCCCUGCCAUCCACUCUUCCUCUGUCAAACGGUAUUCUUGUUGUACAGACCAUUCGUUUCCUCAUUUUCAGUAGGGGAAAGUUGGAUGUUUAAUAGUUUAGUAGGGCCAUAAGGAGCCAUCGAUGGUACCCGUUAUCAUUAUUAUGGUCUUAUAGAUUGUCAAAUCUGUGGAGUUGGAAAAUGGCUUUUCAGUCCGAGGAAGAAAAGACUGAGGAUUAUCUUUUCAAGAUUGUUUUAAUUGGUGACUCGGCCGUUGGAAAAUCUAAUUUGCUGGCAAGAUUUGCUAGAAAUGAGUUCUUCCCUAAUUCAAAGUCAACUAUAGGAGUAGAGUUCCAAACCCAAAAGAUCGUUAUCGAUGGUAAAGAAGUCAAAGCACAGAUAUGGGACACGGCUGGUCAAGAGCGGUUCAGGGCUGUUACAUCUGCAUAUUACAGAGGUGCUGUUGGUGCUCUUUUGGUUUAUGAUAUCAGUAGGCAUCAGACAUUUGAUAGUAUCGGCAGAUGGCUUAAUGAGCUCCACACUCACUCCGACAUGAAUGUUGUGACGAUACUUGUCGGUAACAAGUCAGAUCUUAAGGAUGCCAGGGAGGUACCCACGUCUGAAGGCAAAGCCUUGGCAGAAGCACAGGGUUUGUUUUUUAUGGAAACAUCUGCUCUCGACUCAUCCAAUGUUGCUGCCGCCUUUCAGACGGUAGUGAAGGAGAUCUACAGUAUACUAAGUCGAAAAGUAAUGAUGUCCCAGGAGCUCAAGAAACAGGACCCUAGCUGGGUGGGGAGUGGCAAGACGGUGCUUUUACAGGGAGAUGGGAACGAAGAAGCAGCAAGUACAGAGCCAAAAAAAGGUGGGUGCUGUUCAUCUUAGAGCUACACAACAAAUGAGGUCUGGAUGGAAUUUUUUGGCGGGUCUUACAUGCCCUCUUUUUUUCCACUCAAGUUCCUUGCAUCCCUUCUCCAUGUGAUCUAAUUUUUUGAAUUUGUUUAAAUGUCAAUUCAAGGAACAUGUUUUCACUCGAUCUGGGUGGAAGAAAAGAAAAUUGAAGUAGAUGUAAAUGAUCUGAAGGAGGAUUACAAAGCUUAUACAAUGUUCUGUUUCUUUCUUUUGGCCAAAAUACAAUUAUCAAAGUUCAGAUAUUUAUGCACUGUA